UUAGGAUAAGAAUCUGAACCCUGUAGAACCAACCCAUCUUCUGGAAAGAUUUGACUUCUGGAUUUGGAAGUUUAGCAAAACCCAUGUGCUAUGUUUAGAAUCUUUAACAUGUUACGGCUGCAAGUUGUUUUAUAAAGAUUCAGUACAGUUGUGGAUUUUAAUUUACGAUAUUAAAUUCUUUAAAAAAAAAUUUAUGAUAUUAAAUCUCAACAUCAUAAACUUUAUUUAGUAAAACCUAUUCUUUAACAUGAAAUACUUGUUACAAAGAGUAAAUACACAGAGAACAGGUUUACCAGAGCAUCCUCUGACAAUUACCUUGGUGUUGAAGGCUUCUUCUUAACUGGAUUUUAUCUAAAUUUGAAUAGGGCAAUAUUUCAGUGUGAAUGAAUAAUGGCAUGCUCUAAUGUGCAUUAAAUACAAAUGAACCGAUCUGUGCCAAUUUGUGGUGUCAUUUACAUGAAUGCUUUCGUGCCAUUCUUCUUCAUUCAGAGGACUUGUGCAAUAUGCCUGACAACCAUGAAAACAGGCCAAGGCCACGCCAUUUUCACUGCAGAAUGCUCUCACUCUUUCCACUUCCACUGCAUUACUUCAAGCGUAAAGCAUGGGAAUCAGGUGUGUCCAGUAUGCAGAGCAAAAUGGAAAGAGAUCCCCUUCCAGAACCCCACUCCUGAUCUUCCUAAUGGGAGAUCAAGAGUCAAUCCAGUGGGUUGGCCCCAAGAUGAUGCCUGGAUGACUGUCUUACGACGGCUCCCAACCCCUCAAAUUGAUGCUAGUAGGCAGGUUUCCUCAUUAUUCCAUGCCCAAGAGCCUGCUGUUUUUGAUGAUGAUGAGGUUUUAGAGCUCCCAGAUGUUGUUGCUGAUAGAAGCUCAUCUCCUAAGGAUGCUGCUGAUUAUGGUUCUGUUGGUCCUAUGGAAGUCAAAACCUAUCCGGAAAUUUCAGCUGUUUCAAGAUCAGCCUCUUAUAAUAAUUUUGCAAUACUUAUUCAUCUAAAGGCUCCAUUUGCAAGUAGAUGCAGUAGUGAGGGAAAUCUAAACAACUUGCCUCCAAGACCCCAAAAUUCACGUGCUCCAGUUGAUCUUGUCACCGUGCUUGAUGUUAGUGGCAGCAUGGCAGGUACCAAGCUUGCUCUACUGAAGCGCGCUAUGGGUUUUGUGAUCCAGAACCUUAGCCCCUCUGACAGGCUUUGUGUAAUUGCCUUCUCCUCAACAGCCCGCCGCCUCUUUCCUCUUCGACGGAUGACUGAGACUGGAAGGCAGGAAGCAUUGCAGGCUGUUAACUCUCUGAUUUCAAAUGGUGGGACAAACAUUGCCGAGGGUUUGAGGAAAGGUGCUAAGGCAAUAGUGGAUCGCAGAUGGAAGAAUCCAGUUGCCAGUAUCAUAUUGUUAUCUGAUGGGCAGGAUACCUAUACUGUUACUAGUCCUAGUGGGAACCUUUCAAGAACAGACUACAGAUCCCUUCUUCCUGCUUCAAUUAACCGCAAUAGUGAGACAGGCCUCCAGAUUCCUGUGCAUGCAUUUGGGUUUGGUGCGGACCAUGAUGCUGCUUCAAUGCAUUCGAUUUCAGAGUUAUCCGGAGGUACAUUUUCUUUUAUUGAAGCUGAGGGUGUGAUUCAGGAUGCAUUUGCCCAAUGUAUUGGGGGUCUUCUAAGUGUUGUAAUUCAGGAGCUGCAUGUUCGAGUUGAGUGUGUUCAUCCCAGUUUGAGAAUUGGUUCAAUAAAAGCAGGAAGUUAUCGAACUGGCUUGGCAUCUGAUGCUAGAAUGGGUUCUAUUGAUGUUGGGGACUUGUAUGCUGAAGAAGAAAGGGAUUUUUUGGUGACAAUCAAUAUUCCAGUUGAUGGAUCAUGUGAUGAGAUGUCAUUGCUUAAGGUUAGAUGUGCUUAUAGAAACCCUGUUACAAAAGAAGCAGUUACCUUGGAUGAAGCCAGUGAAGUUAAGAUUCAGCGGACUCAAAUAACUGGACAACCAGUAGUGUCCAUGGAAGUAGACAGGCAACGAAACAGGCUUCGUGCAGCGGAAGCAAUGGCUGAAGCCAGAGUUGCUGCUGAGCGUGGUGAUCUAACUGGUGCAGUCUCUCUCCUCGAAAGCUGUCGCAAAAUCUUGUCUGAAACCGUCUCUGCACGAGCAGGGGACAGACUGUGUGCUGCACUAUGUGCUGAGCUGAGAGAAAUGCAAGAAAGAAUGGCAAACCGGCGUGUGUACGAAUCAUCAGGAAGAGCGUACGUGCUGUCUGGCUUGAGCUCACACUCAUGGCAGAGAGCAACUGCUCGAGGUGACUCCACAGAUAGCACGAGCCUCGUACAAGCAUACCAGACGCCAUCCAUGGUGGACAUGGUGACUCGAUCGCAGACCUUGGUCUUUGGGAAUCCCUCGUCUCAAAGGAAACUACGACAAGCUCUUUCGUUACCAAAUCCGAGGUAAUCAAGUAGUAUUUAGCUGAAAAUUCUCCUCAAACUAAGUUUCAUUAUUCAGUAUCAAUGAACCAUUUUGUUCUUUCUUUUCUUUUGGAUUUCAAUUUUUGUUUCUUGGGAAAGUUUGUUGGGGGUGAUAAAAGGAGGGUGAUUGGUUUUUUACAUGGUGAGUAUUAUUCACUUAGUUUGGUAUGUAAA